UGCCUUCCUCCUCCUCCUCCUCCUCUUCCUCCUCCUCCUCCUCCUCGUGGCUGGUUCCGUCGCCGCGGAGAUGUGAAACAGCAGCCUUCUUCUUCCUCCUCCUCCUGCUCUUCCUCCCCGCGUGCCCUUGUGGAGUCCCGCUCCUGCGCCCCGCUCUGGCAAAUGCGCCGGGAAGGGGGUGGUUCGGCCCCCCCGUUUCUCCCCAUCGCGCUUUCCACGGCUGUCGUGGUGCUGGCGGUGCUGGGGGCAGCAGGCGCCGGUUUUUCUUCGCUCACCUGCUCGGUCCUAAAGGAUUUACUGGAUGAAGAGCUUGCUUUCGGGCUGGUUGCUGCCUUGGGGGUCUGGCCAACGGAGAGGAGACUUCAGCUGACAAGCACAGCAUUUGGAGAUGACAACCAAAAGAAAAAUUAUUGGCCGCCUGGUGCCAUGCCGAUGUUUUCGAGGGGAAGAAGAAAUCAUCUCCGUGCUUGAUUACUCCCACUGCAGCCUUCAGCAGGUGCCAAAGGAGGUUUUUAACUUUGAACGGACAUUGGAGGAGCUUUAUCUAGAUGCCAAUCAAAUUGAAGAGCUACCUAAGCAAUUAUUCAACUGUCAAGCUCUGCGCAAACUGAGUAUCCCAGACAAUGACCUUUCAAGCCUGCCAGCCAGCAUUGCCAGUUUAGUUAAUCUUAAAGAACUCGACAUCAGUAAAAAUGGAAUCCAAGAUUUUCCAGAAAAUAUAAAGUGCUGUAAGUGUUUAACAAUAAUUGAAGCCAGUGUCAAUCCUAUUUCUAAGCUCCCAGAUGGUUUCACCCAGCUUUUAAACUUGACCCAGCUCUACCUAAAUGAUGCCUUUCUGGAGUUUCUUCCAGCUAACUUUGGAAGACUUGUUAAAUUACGGAUAUUGGAAUUACGAGAGAAUCACUUGAAAACUCUACCAAAGUCAAUGCACAAACUGACACAGCUGGAGAGGCUUGACCUAGGCAAUAAUGAAUUUUCUGAGCUGCCUGAGGUUCUGGAACAAAUACAAAACCUAAAGGAAUUAUGGAUGGAUAAUAAUUCACUUCAAACACUACCUGGGCCUGUAGGAAGAUUAAAGCAACUGGUGUAUUUGGAUGUGUCAAAGAAUAGGAUAGAAAGUAUAGAUAUGGACAUAUCAGGAUGUGAAGCCCUUGAAGAUCUUCUAUUGUCCUCCAAUAUGCUACAACAACUGCCUGAUUCUAUAGGGCUCUUGAAAAGGCUGACAACUCUAAAAGUAGAUGACAAUCAGCUUACGGUUCUGCCCAAUGCCAUUGGAAAUUUAUCUUUAUUAGAAGAAUUUGACUGUAGCUGUAAUGAACUGGAGUCUCUACCUCCCACCAUUGGUUACCUGCACAAUCUGCGGACACUAGCUGUAGAUGAAAAUUUCCUCCCUGAGCUUCCCAGAGAAAUUGGAAGUUGCAAGAAUGUAACAGUUAUGUCUCUGCGUUCAAACAAACUUGAAUUUCUUCCUGAUGAGAUUGGUCAGAUGCAGAAACUUCGAGUUUUAAAUCUGAGUGACAACAGAUUGAAAAACUUGCCUAUUACUUUUACAAAGCUUAAAGACCUUGCAGCAUUGUGGCUUUCAGACAACCAGUCUAAGGCCCUUAUCCCCCUUCAAACUGAGGCACAUCCAGAAACAAAGCAAAGAGUGCUUACUAACUACAUGUUUCCUCAGCAGCCCCGCAGUGAUGAAGAUUUCCAGUCUGACAGUGAUAGCUUUAAUCCUACUUUGUGGGAGGAACAGCGACAGCAACGUAUGACAGUUGCCUUUGAAUUUGAAGAAAAAAAGGAAGAAGAGGAAAAUGCAGGAAAAGUUAAGGAAUAUUGCACUUUGGAAGGUUUUUAUCCCCAGCGGCAUGCUACUUCUGAGGUUGAAAUAAACUUAAAGCGUUAUCCAACUCCAUAUCCAGAAGAUUUAAAGAAUAUGGUGAAAUCUGUUCAAAAUUUGGUGGGCAAAGCUAGCCAUGGAGUAAGGCCUGAGAAUUCCACACCAACAUCCAGCACAGAACAAGCUGUGAAGGACAAAUAUGAGCACAAGUGGCCAGUGGCAACAAAAGAGAUAUCAGUGGAGGACCCUUUUGUACAUCCUGUGAAUGAUAUGAGGAUUGGAGAACUUCGCCCUUCAAUGGCUGAAGCACCAUUGUAUCCACCUAAACUCGUUCUCUUGGGAAAAGAAAAAAAAGAGUCAACAGAUGAGUCUGAAGCAGAUAAAGUUCACUGCAUGAAUAACAGUGUUUCUUCUGGAACCUAUUCUGACUAUUCACCUUCACAGGCUUCUUCAGGGUCUUCUAAUGCUCGUGUUAAAAUGGGAUCUUUACAGACUACUGCUAAAGAUGCAGUGAAUAAUUCUUUAUGGGGGAACAGGCUUGUCCAAUCUUUUCCCCAGCCUCUUGAGACAAAGCCUUUGCUCAGCCAGCGGGAGUCUGCCCCAGCAGGAAACUUACAGCAACAUAAUGACAGGCGUCCGAUGAGUGACACCUUCUCUGACAGCUGGAAUGAUAGCUCUCACUAUGAUAAUACAGGAUUUGUAGCAGAGGAGAGCGCAGUGGAGAACCCCAACACUAACCCUCUCUUAAGCUCUAAAUCAAGAAGCACAUCUGCUCAUGGACGCAGGCCAUUAAUUAGGCAAGACAGGAUAGUUGGUAUUCCCCUAGAACUUGAACAGCCCUCUCUCAGAAACACGCCUGAUUCAGAAGUGCCUCUAUCAAACCCUUGGCAGAAUUGGACAAGGACCCCUAGCCCUUUUGAAGAUAGGACAGCCUUUCCAUCUAAGCUGGAGAGUACUCCUACCACCAGCCCUUUACCUGAAAGGAAAGAUCUUGUUAAAGACUCCCCUGAACUAUCUAGCACUUUUUCUCCAGGGACACCAUGGGAGUAUCAUGAUUCCAGUGCUAACAGAAGUCUUAGUAAUAUGUUUUCACAUAUUCAUUGUCGCCAGGAGCCUUCAAAAAAUGUCAUUUCCAUCAGCAAGAGUACUGAGAGGCUGUCUCCAAUGAUGAGAGAUUUGAAGACUAAUAGGUUUAAGAAGUCACAAAGUAUAGAUGAGAUAGAUAUUGGUGCAUAUAAAGUUUAUAAUAUACCACUGGAGAACUAUGCAGCUACUACCGACAAUGCAGGAAUGCAUGAGAGGCCAGAUAAAAUGUUGGGGCCAGAACAUGGAAUGUCUAGUAUGUCUCGUAGCCAGUCUGUACCAAUGCUUGAUGAUGAGUUGCUGACGUAUGGAAGUGUUAAGGUGCAGCAACAGCAAAAGCCUUCUGUGACAAAGAAAGUAUAUCAGUUUGACCAAAGUUUUAAUCCUCAAGGAUCAGUGGAAGUGAAAGCAGAAAAGAGGAUACCACCACCUUUUCAACAUACUCCAGAGUACAUUCCCCAGCAGACUAAAACUGUCUCUAAGGAUUUGGUAAGCCCAAGGGCCUACCGAGGAUAUCCACCCAUGGAGCACAUGUUUUCAUUCUCUCAGCCUUCUGUUAAUGAGGAGACCAUCAAUACUCAGUUCUCAAGUCAGGGAUCAAGGGCUGGAUUUAUGAGAAGGGCAGAUUCAUUGGCCAGUUCCACAGAGAUGUCAAUGUACAGAAGAGUCAGUGAACCACAAGAACUGCCUCAGAGUGAUAGGUAUAACAGGCAUCAAUAUAGAGGAGCUAUGGAACGCCAAAGCAGCAUUUCAGUGUCUGAAUCCCAGUUCCUCAAAAGAAAUGGCAGGUAUGAAGAUGAACACCCUUCAUAUCAAGAAGUGAAAUCCCAGUCUGGAAGUUUUCCAGUUAAAAACCUUACACAAAGGAGGCCAUUGUCUGCAAGAAGCUACAGUACAGAGAGUUAUGGUACCUCUCAAACCAGGCCAGUUUCAGCUAGGCCUACAAUGGCAGCUCUGUUGGAAAAGAUACCAUCAGACUAUAACUUGGGUAACUAUGGUGACAAGCCAGCAGAUAACACUGACAUAAAGACAAGGCCUACCCCUGUGAAGGGAAAUGAGAGCUGUGGUAAAAUGCCCGCUGACUGGAGACAACAGCUACUUAGACAUAUAGAAGCUAGAAGGUUAGACAGGACUGCUGCUUAUAAACACAACACUGUUAACCUUGGCAUGCUGCGCUCUGGAGGUUUGUCAGCAAUGCAUGCGGGCAGAAGCAUGACAUUAAACUUGCAGACUAAAUCUAAAUUUGAAAACCAAAUGCAUCAAGAGCUACCUCUACCGAAAACUCCAUCACAACAGAGCAGUGUUCUAGACAAUGGACAAGAGGAUGUUUCAGCUGGCAACCAGUGGAAUCCAUAUCCCCUUGGAAGACGAGAUGUCCCACCAGAAACUGUUACUAAAAAGGCAGGGAGCCAUAUCCAGACUCUGAUGGGGUCACAGAGCCUACAGCAUCGGAGCCGAGAGCAGCCACAGCCAUAUGAGGGCGGCAUGAAUAAAGUGACCAUUCAGCAGUAUCAGCCACCACUGCCGAUCCAAAUCCCUUCUCAGAGUACUAGGGCACCACAAGCAGGAAGAUGUGUAAUCCAAACUAAAGGGCAAAGGAGUACAGAUGGCUAUCCAGAACAGUUUUGUGUGAGGAUAGAAAAAAAUCCAGGACUUGGAUUUAGUAUCAGUGGAGGCAUAAGUGGACAAGGAAAUCCAUUUAAACCUUCUGACAAGGGUAUCUUUGUUACUAGGGUUCAGCCUGACGGACCAGCAGCCAACCUGCUCCAGCCUGGUGAUAAGAUUAUUCAGAUUUCAGAACCCGAUUAUUGCCCUGACUUCUGGCCAGCAAACCUGGAGUGGUUCCAUGAUGGCACUGAGUACACAUGAACAACUGGAGAUCUUUUAAACCCUAUUUCAGAAUCCAGGGUUGCCCCACACAAUCCACUAUAAAGCACCAUCAAAACAUCAGAGUUAUGGAAACUGCGAUACAGAUAUAUGUUUGCCUGCCUCAUACAUUUCUAUGACUCAUUCACAGAGGACUUUUCUCAUUACAAAGACUACCUGCUGAUUUAUUUAUUUAUUUUCAAAUGGGAAAUGAGUCAUUGACUCCAACAGUAGCUACUAGGUAAUAUUGUUUCAAGUAAAAUGUUACUUCAAAGCCAACUCAUAGAAAAAUGGAACAAAUUAUAAACAAGAAUCAUACUCCCUUACUCAGAAGUCUGGCAUGCAGUUUUUCCUAAAGACAACUACUUUUAGGCUUAAGUUUGAAGGCGACCACAUGUGAUCUGUUGGGACAGUAUUAUAGCUCCUCUUACAUCCUCAUCUUGCAUUACAUUGAAAAAAAUAUGUUGCCAUCCAAAAUAAGUAUUCAUGGCAUAUACUGAUAUAGUUAAGAAAACAACCUUUUGCACUUGAAGUGUAAUGGUGUCACUUCAAAGUGGAACCGUGCAGGUUUGGGAACAGUGGCUACAUAUCUCCUCACAUUUGGAAGUUUGAAGAUUGUAGAGUUUCAUGUAAUUAUAAGUUCUCUCACAUUUUUGUGGUUUUAGGACAAUUACCAUUUAUGUAUAGUUUAAUUCUUCCCCUAAAUAAAACAUUUAUUUCAGGAGAUGAUUGCUAGGAUUCUUAUAAUUUUUCUCCCUCCAUUUGUGUUUCCAUCCUGUAGCAUGUGCUAAUAUACCAGUGAAUCCUUAAGUGUUCCCACAUUUUCAUAUGCUGUUUAUAGUCAGCUGCAUCUAAUUUACAGGUAAAAGUUGUAAAAGAAGAGAGCGGAAAGCUUGCUUAUGAUGAAGUCAAUCAGUCCAGUCAACAUACUGUGUGUCAAAUAUACCAUGCUGCAUGUUUAGGGAUCGUAUUUUGAUCCUUUGAUAAACCCCUUGAAUGGAAAACAUGUUUUUAUGUUAUUGGCCCUUUGCACUACAUUGAAACCCAAAUAGAACCAAAUAUAAGAAUGGGUUUAUUCAUUUCCAGUCAGAAAAAAAAAACAUCUGAAAUCCUUUCCUCUCGACCCAUCAAUAGGAUUACUCUAGAGAACUGUGACCUGUGUACUUAGUUUGAAAGCCAAAAUCAGGCCACCAGGAUAUGAGAAAGGGAUAUGCAGACAGAUGUUUUUGUACUUAAGGCCAUUAACUGCAACAUGAUGGACCAUCAGCCUUUACAAAAAAACAAACAAACCCUAAAAUCUAAAUGGCUGCCAGAAUACUCCUCUGAGAUUUUGCACAUGUAAUUCAAGGCUUUGAAUGUCUUUGAUCUGUCUGGAAUUUGUACUCUUUCUCUUAAAUUAUUUUCCUGCUAUUUGUUAAAACAUUUAAAUUAAUAAAAGGAUUUUCUCUUUAAGUGAAUGGGCUCUCUGUUC